CAGCUCGAAGGGGGCGCACGGGGAGGCGUGGCCCGGAGAGAAAAACGCUUCGCGGGGCGGGGACUCGGCGGUGGGCGUGGCCCGCGGGGCGGGAGCUCGGUUCCCCAGGAGGUACCCGGGCAGGGGACGGGCUCCCCUGCUGAAGCCCAGGGUUGCGCGUGGAGCUGCCCCCUCCCUGCGCAGCCCUGCCUACGUUUGGAGAGGAAAGCUGCCGCCCCGAGAAAGGGGCUCGGAAGGCUGGGGUCGGCGCGGGGUGGCUGCGCUCUGAACCAUGAAGGUCAAGGUCAUCCCCGUGCUUGAGGACAACUACAUGUACCUGGUCAUCGAGGAGAACACGCGGGAGGCCGUGGCCGUAGAUGUGGCCGUGCCCAAGAGGCUGCUGGAGAUCGUGGGCCGGGAGGGGGCAUCACUGACCACCGUGCUGACCACCCACCACCACUGGGACCACGCGCGGGGCAACGCGGAGCUGGUGCGGCUGAACCCCGGGCUGGCAGUGCUGGGCGCCGACGAGCGCAUCUGCGCACUGACCCGCAGGCUGGCCCACGGCGAGGAGCUGCGGUUCGGGGCCAUCCACGUUCGCUGCCUCUUGACUCCCGGCCACACCACCGGCCACAUGAGCUACUUCCUGUGGGAAGACGAGUGUCCAGACCCACCGGCGGUGUUCUCAGGGGACGCACUGACCGUCGCAGGCUGCGGCCGGCGCCUGGAGAGCUCAGCUCAGCAGAUGUACCAGAGCCUGGCCGAGACCCUGAGCACCCUGCCCCCCGAGACAAAGGUGUUCUGUGGCCACGAGCACACGCUGGCCAACCUUGAGUUUGCACAGAAAGUGGAGCCCUGCAAUGACCACGUGAGGACCAAGCUGUCAUGGGCCAAGAAGAGGGACGAGGAUGAUGUGCCCACAGUGCCGUCCACCCUGGGCGAGGAGCUCCUCUACAACCCUUUCCUGAGGGUGGCAGAGGAACCUGUGCGCAAGUUCACGGGGAAGGUGGACCCGGCUGAGGUCCUGGAGGCGCUCUGCAGGGAGCAGACAAGCUUCGAAAGGGUGGCCGAGCCGCCGCAGCCACAGGCCCGGGCGCUCCUGGCGCUGCAGUGGGGGCUCCUGAGCACACCCCGACAGAAGUGAGCUUCGAGGGGGCCAGUCAGCAUGUCCUCCUCCCUCAGACCGACCGAGCCCACUGGGUGGUGCUGCUGGAGCCUUCUGCAACCCUGCCUGCUCAGCUGCCCAGCUUCAGGGCUUCACUGUGGCACUUCUGGCGACAGAUACGUAGGGCUCCUCACCAGGAUGUUUGUGAGCCCCAAGACCUGCGUGCUGGGGAAGAGGCCUAGUGGGGUGCACAGGGCUCCCGCCCUUUGAAUAAAGCUUUGAAAGGCCUCUCUGUUGACACUGGCAGAGAUGAUCAGAA